AUGGUACGCAAACUGACUAAUCAAGACAGGAUGUUAUAUAUAGUCAAGUUUGGGGACUGUUCACAUAUGAAAUUCAGUGUCAGAGAUGUGAGCCUAGAGGUAACACCCAGUCCCCCUACUCUCAGAGAGGGCACAGCAUAUCAGAGGAAACUCAGUGGUAGAGCAGAUUUUGAAGACUUGACAACAUCAUUUUAUUUAGAACUAAGAUGUACAGAUGUCAAGGGGAUGGAACACCUCUCAGCCCUUCCCUUUAGCCAUGCCAGUGCCUUCAGAAAGCCAGAUUCCAGUUUCAAAAUCCAGGCGCACACCAGAAAGUUGAGAGAACUAUCGCUACGAAUUAGUAGGAAAAUAACAGCGCCGCCCCCGGGUUUCCGCACUUCGGAGCGCGGGACUGACAGCAGGCGGCCGGAGAGAAUGAAUGGGCUGCCCGCCGGCGCCGCGCCGCGCCGCACAGCACCGCACCGCACCGCGCCGCAGUCCGGCGGACGCGCGUUAGGCUCACUGGCCCGGAAGAUGAAGCCCCAGUUUGUGAAUGAACCAGGGGCCGGCUUCAGCCCACCGCGGCAGCCUCCAGCGGAGCCUGACCGUCGGGAAAGAAGGCCGCUCCCCCUCGCACCCCCUCCUCACACAGGAAGGGAGCACCGCCCGACACCUACUCGGGGCGACUCCGAGCCGGCCGGUUCCCGGCUCUUCCCCCCGCGCGGCUACCCCCGCCCUCCCCCGAGAGCCCCACCCCGGCGCUCACAGCGAGCGCCACGUCUCUCAGAGCUCGCGCCCCCAGCGGCCCCGCGAGGCUUUGCCCCCUUUAAGUCACCCCGCCACCCGUCUAGAGUCACCGGCUCCCCGGGCUCCGCGUCUCUCUCAGGCCGAAACCAGCCAACGCCAACCUCACUCGUCGCGUUUCGCCCCGGCCCCGCCCACGUGACACCUACGACCCGCCCACCGCGCUCACCGGCCGAUCCCCGGCUCCAGCGCGAGGGGCGGCCGCGAUGCGUUGGGCCUGAGGCGCCCCGGCCCUCGCUGCCUCCCUCGACUGUCGCACAGCCCCUCGGCGCCCCGGCGUCAUCCCGUGAGUCCUUCUGA